AUGGCAUCCAUUGCACUCGACGAUGGCACUUCAAGUCUCGAAACAUAUCAACUUGACAGGCAAACAUUGUUGGCGAAUGAGCGCAAGUCAGCUUGGGACGAACCGGCAAGACAACGUGCCUCGUCAUUAGAAAAGCAAGCAGGUGAAAUCAUCAUCAAGCUCAGAGAGCAUGAGCGCUUUCGACUAUUCGGCAAUGUUGGUCGUGAAGAACUGCCAAAGUCCGAUCAGCUGGACAUGGGCGGCCGGUUCCUUGUCAACAAGGAGCGGAUCGAGCAGAGCAAGAUCUUCGAGAUUGCCUGCCUGAUGCCCAAGGGUGCACACCUACACCUUCACUUCAAUGCUGAACUUCCUCCCGAGAAGCUCUUCCCACAUGCGCGGAGAUUGGAGGACACCAUGUUCAUUCGCAGCAAGCAGCCAUUACUGAAGCCUCAAGAUUUUGCGGAAACGGAGAUUCAAUUCAAUGUUCUGCCGCAGGACACAAAGACGAGCAACAUCUUCAGCAAGGAGUAUGACUUCGAUUGGAAGAGCCCAACAAGUGCAUCAUGGAUGAAGUGGAUCGACUUUCGAGAGCAGUUCCCCACAGGCGAGUCCUUCAGCGAAGUGCCCAUGGAGUACAGAGCGGAUGAUUGCAACGGACAACUUGAUCAUGCGGAAUGCUGGGCUCGAGAGAAGAUGAUCAUUACAUCCAACAAAGCCUAUGCUGAGCACCAAACGACCAAUGGUGUGUGGGCGUGCUUCAAUCAAGGUACUCGUGCGUUCAAGGGACUUAUGAACUAUGCGAGCGUAUACCGCUGGUACAUUGGCGACGCUAUCGACAACAUGGUCCGAGACAAGGUCAUGUAUGCAGAGCUCCGACCCAUGCUCAUGGACAAGUCAAUACCGGCGGACGAUGGCGUGGGCAAGCUCGGUCACAACGAACAGAUGAAGAUUGUUUGUGAGGAAGCCGAGAAGAAGAAGAAGCAACACGGUGAUAGGUUCCCAUUCGGACUCAAGAUCAUCUACUGCACGCCCAGAAGCAUACCACCGGCCAAAAUGAAGUCAGAGCUGGAAGACUGCAUCAAGUUGAAACUGGCGUACCCUGAUCUGGUCUGUGGGUUCGAUCUGGUCGGGGCUGAAGACCGUCCGAACCACAUUGGCCACUACGCUGAUCUCUUGCUGGCGUUCACGAAGACAUGUGAGAGACUGAAGAUCAGCAUCCCAUUCAUGUUCCAUGCUGGCGAGACACUCCUGGACACCGGCGGCUUCAUGCCACUAGACUCUGAGGCCGAGGCAGGCUUCCACAACCCGGACAACAGCAAUCUCUACGACUCACUGCUUCUCAACGCCAAGCGGAUUGGUCAUGGCUACGCCUUGCUAAAGCACCCGCAGCUAGUCAAGAAGUACUCAGACGCGAAGAUCUGUUUGGAGCUCUGCCCCAUCUCGAAUGAGCUGUUGGGUGUUUGUGGCAAUGCGAGACAGCACAUCUUCCCGGAGCUUCUGGCCGCAGGACUGCAGUGCACAUUGAACGCCGACAAUCCCGCGUUAUACAGAGGGCCCGGACUUGACACCUAUUCUUUAUCACACGAGUUCUACCAAGUCAUGGUCGGCGACCUGCGCAUGAACAUUCACGGAUGGAAGCAGCUAGCCGAGUGGAGCCUUGAGCACGCGUGCCUCACGCCUCAGGAGCUAGACAGAGCCAAAGCCAUCUUCCACAAACACUGGGAAGAGUUCUGCGGCAACGUUGUCGACACCUUCGGCGAAUACGCGAAGUCCCUGCCCGACAAAGUCAAGGGCAAAGACCUCAAACUGCAGGUCCUGAGCACCGGAUCCGCGAACCUGAUCCCAACCAUGGCAUCUGAUACCAAGUGA